AUGUUCAAUGCCACUCAAAAUAAUCUAGUUGAUGCUUUUUUGGCAGGCCUCUCACCAACACUUAAGACAUUCACACCGUAUUAUUUAAACUUAGUGAAAACCAAAAUAUUUUCAAUAGUCCAAGAGUGUGAAAUGAAAAUGAUCUUAGACGAAGAACAGAAAAAAAAAUCACAUGCAGUGCCAUAUUUUACUGUACCAUCGCCAACAUAUUAUCAGCAAUUAAACCCAAAUAUUAUUCCAAAUGCAGCUCAAAAAAACCAAUACGUACAAGAACCAAGAUACAUGACAUCCACAUCACACUACCUGCCCUCACCACCAUCUCCACAGUUUACUCAAAAAAAUGCUCAAAACCAUGCCUAUGUUCAAGUGCCAACAAAUACAUUAUCACCAAAUACAUCGUAUUGUUCAUCUGCGCCACCAUCCCCUGCAGAUUUAUGCCAAAAUAUUUCUUUAAAUGCUACCCAGAACCUUACCCAUAACAAUAACAUUCAAGCUCAAAACAACCAAUAUGCACAAGAACCACGAAACAUGACAUCUAGAUCGCACUACCUGUCCUCACCGCCAUCUCCACAGUUUACUCAAAAAAAUGCUCAAAACCAUGCCUAUGUUCAAGUGCCAACAAAUUCAUUAUCACCAAAUACAUCGUAUUGUUCAUCUGCGCCACCAUCCCCUGCAGAUUUAAGUCAAAAUAUGUCAGUAGUAUAA